UCUCACUUAUUAGGUAAAAGAAAAAUGGGAAGGUCUCCUUGUUGUGAUGAUAGUGGACUCAAGAAAGGUCCCUGGACUCCUGAAGAAGAUCAGAAGCUCAUGAAUUACAUACAGAAACAUGGCCAUGGAAGCUGGAGAGCCCUUCCCAAACUUGCAGGGUUGAACAGAUGUGGCAAGAGUUGCAGGCUAAGAUGGACAAACUACCUUAGGCCAGAUAUAAAGAGAGGCAAAUUUUCUCAAGAAGAAGAGCAAACAAUUCUAAACCUUCAUUCCAUCCUUGGCAACAAAUGGUCAGCAAUUGCAAGCCACCUACCGGGGAGGACGGACAACGAAAUCAAGAACUUCUGGAACACCCAUUUGAAGAAAAAGUUGAUUCAGAUGGGUUUUGAUCCGAUGACCCACCGGCCUCGAACUGACGUCUUCUCCAGCUUGCCUCACCUUCUAGCUCUUGUCAAUUUGAAAGAGCUUAUUGACCAAGGCAGCAGCCAGACAUCUUGGGAUGAACAAGCCUUGAGACUACAAGCAGAAGCUGCUCAAAUGGCUAGAAUUCAGUACCUACAAUACCUCCUCCAACCUCAAGCUUCUACAACAAACAACCUAAGCGAUUUCACUGACAUAGAGACCAUUGGUCUUUUGAAUUCACUCUGUUCAUCAAUCAAAGAUGUUAAUCCAGUGUUUGGUUCAUCACAGUUGGAAACCUCAGCACAAUACUUUGGGUCAUCCUCUGUCCAGGAUUCAAUCCCUUUCUCUCCGUUGCCUGAUUUGCAAAUAUUACCUCCCUCUUCUUAUCAAAAGGACAUGAUCAUAAAUAAAGCUCCAGAUCAGUUUACAGUCCCAGUAGACAACUCUCCCAACAAUGUGUCAUGGAAUAUCCCUUCCUCUUCAAAUACUAGUACUCCCUCUCCUCCUUCUGUGGUGGUUCCUCCUGUGACGGAGGCUUCAACAAGCAAUAAUAUUAUGGGUGAUGCUUGUAGCACUACUACUUCAAGCUAUGGAGGAGUGGUUGCUAAUUCUGCUUGGUCCGACCUACUUCUGGAGGACUAUCCGUUUUUCAAUGAGAUUUCUUAGCUACUUAAUUUACUUAUAUGCUUGAAGACUAAAGAGACUUAGGCUUGGAUUUGCAUGAUGAUCACCACCACUUUUUACUGUAUGUACUACCUGAGCAUAUAUACAUAGAGACUCUUUAUUUUAUGUAUAAUCCUUCCAAGGUAC